UCGAAAAUUGACAGCGGGAAAAGUAUCAGUACAUACUUGUUGGAGCAAAACGUGCAGAAACUGAUUAAUUUUUCUUAAAUCAGUAUUACCCGUUAUUAUUUAAUAUAAUAUGGAUAAUGAUAGUAUGAAUUUUCAUAAUAUCAUAGAUAGUACCGAACAUGAUUAUAAAAUAAAGAAAGCGAAAGAAUCAAUGUUGUUAUUGAAACAGAAAAUGUGCAAAACAGAUAUUUUAAUUAAGCAAUAUACUCAAAAUAUGAAAGAAGUUGAAAAUUUAAAAUCAAGUUUGGAAGUCGCAAAGAAAGAGGCCAAACACAUAAUAUCGGAUUAUUCGUCUGCCAAGGAUGAAAUAAUGGAGUUAAAAUGUAAAAUUGCAAAAUAUGAGCAAAGUAAUGAAAAAUUAAUGAACAAGAUAAAUGACUAUAACAUAAAUAUAGCUGCAGAUAAACAGAGUAUACAGCAAUUAACAUGUAAAAUAAAAGAACUGGAAGAAGAACAGUCGGCUAAAAUUAUGGAACAUAAUUUGGACAAGUCAUCCUUUGAAGAUAAAAUUAAAGAAUUGGAACAUGAAUUGAAAACGUUAAAAAAGGACGAUAUAUCAACUGUGACAAAAAAAGGUGGUAAAAAAAAGGAGAAAAAGAUUUCUACAGAUGUUGAUACGAUUAAGCCAAGUAUAAAAUCUACUUCAGAUAUUGGUAUUAAUGUAUCACUGUGUAAUGAAUCAAGCGUAAAAUGCGAAGUACGAGACCAAAAUAUUAUGACCGACGAAUUUUAUCACACAAAAAAUGAUCCAUAUCCAUUGUUUUGUGAAAAAUGUGAAGCUCAUUUGUCCCCAGAGUUGACUCCUGAAAAAAUAUUCAAAACCAUGGUCGCAUGUCCAAAAUUAAUUGAAAAAGAUUUGCCUCCUUCACCGAAAAAGAUUUAUUCGCCGCCAUGUUCAUUACCUAAUACCUAUCCGGAUUUUACAAAUAGAAAUGAAGACUCUCUCUCUAAAAUAUCACCUAUACCUCAUCUACAUCCUUACAGCCCAUGUAGUGAUUCAAUAGCAGGCAAUAUAAAAUCACAAUCGGAAAGGUCAUCCACCAUGACACAAAUUUGCGAAAAUGUUGAAAUAAGAAAUACGGAUAUUUCACAUAUACCAUUUGUAGCCAAUAUAUCCAGUAACUUCCAUGCAAUUCCUACCUUGUCUCAAAAUAGAAACUGUGCAAGGGAGCAUUUCUGCUCUGAUGAUUUACUAAUUAAACAUUCUAUAUCUAUUAAAAAAAUGAAAAGAAAAAUUCGAUCAUUAAAAACUAAAAUGAAAAAGUUUCGAAAAUUGAAGAAAAAAAUAGACAUUAAGUCUCGUUGUCGUUGCAUUAUGAAUCAUAAGGAUGAUGUCUCGCUAAAUUCGAAUCUAAUUUCUUUAAUUUGUAAAGGUGUGGCAGAAUAUUUCAAUGAGAAAAAAGAAGUAUGUCCUAAAAAUGAGCGAGAUAUCGAUUCGGAAAAGUGUACUUGUUGCUCAAAAAGGACAGAGCUAAAAAAGAGACACUCAUGUAAUGCAUAUGAAAGCAUGUUUUCGAAAAUUGAAAAUUUUGAUGAAAAUGAACAAGUACGAGAUACAUGUUGUAAUAAAACUGAGAAUGCUAUGAAUAUUACUGAUGUUUUACAAUUUAAUCAUACAUCUAAGAAUGUAUUGUCGAGUGUACAUAAGAAUUCAUACUCCAAUAUAAAUAUAUCCAGCACAUCUCUUAAUGACAUUGAAAUCGAUAAAGAAUUACUUCAUAAGCAAAGUACAUUGCAUUCAGUAGAAGUAGUACCUGUUGAAAAUAGUUUUACGAUGUCACGUUUAAGCGUUGACAAAUUAUAUGUAAGCAAUGAUAUCUUAAAUAAAGAUAAUGUAGACGCUAACGAUGUAGAUAAUCAAACUGAAACUGGAACAAUGUUCUUAUCUAACAAUAAAAAAUCUUUGGAUCAUGUUAAUGGCAAAACUGUCAUUAAUACAGAGGAAAAUAAAAUAAAAAGAAAAGAUGAAAUUAUACAUAAAGAUAAGUUUAGCGAAAUAUGUGUAAAUGAUAAUAUUUCAAGUAAAGAUAGUAUAGAAGAUAUCGAUAUGGAUAACCAGAAAAUUGGAAUGAUAUCUUUAUUUAAAGAUGAAAAUUUUUCUGAUUAUACUAAUGAUAAAAUUGUCGACAUUAAUGUAGAAGAAAAUAAAAUAGAAAAAAAGAGUCAAAGUGUACAUAAAGAUCAAGUUGGCGAAAUAUACACAAGAGAUGAUUUCUUAAGUAAUCAUACUAUUAAAGCUAUUGAUACGGAUAAUCAGAUAGAAGCUAGAACAAUAUUCUUAUCUAAUGAUACAAAUUCCACUUAUCAUGGUUAUAGUAAAAUUAUUGACGUGAAUGCAGAAGAAAAUAAAAUAAAAACAAAGAACCAAAAUAUAAAUGAAGAUAAGCUUGAUGAAAUACAUGCAAGCGAUAAUCUUUUAAACAAAAGUAAUGUAAAAACUACUAGUACGGAUAACCAGACAGAAACUAGAAUAAUAUUAUUACCUAACAAUGAAAAUUCUACCAUUGAUGACAAAAUUGUUGAUAUUAAUGCAGACAAAAUUGAAAUAAAAAGAAAGUGCCAAAAUAUAUACAAAGAUGAGCUUGAUAAAAUAAACAUAAGCGAUAAUAUCUUAAGCCAAGAUAAUAUAGAAACUGUUGAUAUGGAUAGCCAGACAAAAACUAAAAUGGCAUCCUUAUCUAACAAUGAAAAUUCCAUUGAUCUUGCUCAUAGUAAAAGAGUUGUUAUUAACGUAGAAAAACGUAAUGUAAUAGGCCAAAAAAGAAAAGGCCAAAAUAUACAGAAAGCUAAAAUUGGUGAUCGCUUAUUAAAGAAUUUACGAAAUUUAAAGAGAAAAAAGCAACCAAUUUCGUGCAUAAAUAAGCAAGAGAAUAUUAAAUCAUAUUCAGAUCAUAAUUUUGAAAAUCUUGAAUUAGCAAAAAAACCGCGAAUUGAAAACGAAAAAGAGAUUAAUGACAGUUCAUUAAAUCAUAUUAAAAAUAUGAAAAAAAAUUUAGAUAUACAAGUAGAGUCUACAAAUAAACAAACAGACGAUAAAUUAUGCUCUAACCAUUAUGAACCGAAAAAAGUACGAAUCGCACAUACUCCAAAAAUGCCAGAUCAUCAAUUGAGCAUUAAUAGAAAUAAUUCUACACAUUGUACGAUAAGAAAUAUAGCUACUUUAGCUACUUUAGCAAUUCGACAAAAAAAUAAUGUAAAUCAACAAUUAAAUACUGACAAAGAUAAUUCAUUCAUUGAAAGCAAGAAGAAUCCUAUAAUGAAUAAGAAAUGUGAGGAAAACGUUAUCAAAUCGAUUGAAACAAAUAGUAUUGACGAAAGACCUGUAAACGAAAAAGAUUUAGAUUUGAUAAAUGCUGAAAAUUCUGUUCAAAAUAAUGAUAUCACUUCAACUGCUAUUAAUAUUCAACAUGUUUCUGAGCUUGCGAAAUGUGAUGACAUGAUUGAAGAUACAAUCAACAAAAAUAUUUCAAUAGAUAGAGUAGUAGCAGAGACUUUGAACGAUAGUGACCAGUCGAAUGUAGUACAUAACAAUAUUGUAAAUAGUACAACGAAUAAUUUAAAACUUAAAAAAUCAAUUUCAUUGAGAACACGUGUUAUUACCCGCUCUAUAUAUAAAGACUUAAAGCAUGACAAAGUUAGUGAAACAUUAAAUACAAUUAAAACUAGAAAAGAGAUGUCGCCAACCGCUGAAUUGGGAUAUGUUUCUGAGACAUUUGGAAAUAAGAGUCACAACGAUUACAUUUCAAAUGAUGAAUCAUCGGUUCUAUCUGAUCGAUCAAACGUGGAAACAACGCGAAGUGAAGAUUACAAUAAUAGCGGAAUAUCUGAUGGAACUAUUGCAGUUCCACGUUCAUCAUCACCGAGAGACGUCAAUGAAAUGGAAAAUGCAAGAAACAUACAAGAAGAAACUUGUAUUAGUAAUAGAGCAAUUAAGAUGCAGACUACCGGAACUCAAUAUAAAAAUCUAGUCAUGAGUCAACGAAAUAAAAAAAUGGAACUUAUCUUUGUCCCUCAUAAUUUUGAGGAAUCUCAGGCGCCAAUGUCACGAUUAUAUAAAUAUAUUAACAAAAAGAAAUGUACCAAAAAACAUAAAUUAUCAUGUAAAGAAAUAAAAUACGCUUGUAAAAUAACAGAUAAAUUUGUAAAGAAGCAAUUACGACGACUUAUGAACAGUGAUUGGAAAGAUUCUAUAUAUGAUUCUAUACAUAACGAUAUAAAAGUAAAAUUGGAAAAUACUUGCGGACCUCGAAUUAUAGCCAAAUGCAUAGUAGAGUUUAUAAUAGACGAAGUCAAUCAUACAGAAGCUUUGGAUAAAUCAUUUACUCCUCCAGCACCAUUGAUGACGAAAUUUGAACAGAAGAUCAUAACGUUAUUAUUCGAUUUGGAAGCAUCGAAACCAAUGGUGAUUUAUUUCGUACAAGCCGCCAUCGAAUUUCAUAUGUUUAGACUUGAUAGUGAUGUGAAGGACCCGAUUGAUUCGCUCACACGAAUAUAUGUCGUUCUGUCACGUAUUCAGAAGGAUAGAGAAAAAAUACGCAUGAUGUGUUGCAGUGCUCUCUAUUGCAUGAAUCUUAAAUCAAUAGCUGUUUUAAAUACAAUAUUAACGUGCUGGUCUGAAGUUCUUCCGAAUCUAUUUUUAAUCAUUGAAAUCGUGCACAAAAUUGCAUCGUUUAUGUUCAUAAAUGUAUAUUGUUUAAUUCUUCCAGAAAUAUUAUCAAAAUGCAUAGCCUUUCUUAUCAACUCAUUAUACAUUAGUACCGAUAAGGAUCGAAUAUUAAAGAAAUUAAAGCAUUUAAAAUCAUUGGUAUCGAGGUGUCAUAACUAUACUAGCGAAACAGUAAAUGAUAUUGUUAAGGAACUUAUGACUGCUCUUAAAGCUAAACGGAUCGAGGGUUUGGAUACUGCCAUUAUACUUGUUGCAAAGCGAGAAAAGGCACAAUGGACAUAUAAAAAUAUUAUUGAAUCUGUUCUAUUACCAAUUAUUAUAAGCAAUCAACAUCCCUGCAUAUAUAGUGCAUUUUCUUUACUCGGAAGGCUUUUGCGCGCAUUCCCAUUACAAGAUAAAGAUCAAAUUGUGCACGACAUCUCUGAACAGCUCUGUGCCCUCAUCCAAUCUGGCCAAGGUUCACAUGAUCAACAAGAAGGCAUAAUAUCUGCGUUGCUCAGCCUUUCCAGACAAAAAUUCGACGUUAUAUCGUGGCCUGUAAUAAAAUGGACGCCGAGUAAAUCUUUAAGACCGAUUGUCGACACACAAUUGCAGACGUUCUUACAUACACGUACUUCAAAAUUUUGGAAAGAAUAUUUACGAAAAAAAAAUAUUAAACUUAUCCAAAAUAAAACGUGAAAUGUUAAUAAAAUUAAGUAAGUGUAAUUUGUCGUUCAAUCUUUGUGUAAUGAUCAACUCAGUAAUCAACAAUUCAAUACUAACAACUCGCAUAAUUUUUAAUUAAGAAUUACAAUAAGAAAUAUAUUGAUUACGGACAUAACGUUUAAUGUU